CUUGUUGCUGAUGAAGAAAAAAGAGUUGGCUCCACUUGAAGCAUUAUGCCAUAUGUGAAUACGUAGACCGAUACCGAAAGCAUAAAAAACAGUCAUGUAGCUUUAUCGUUCUCGUCGUGAAAAUUGCACCAGGCACGUUUAUUUCUACACAUCUUCGUGAUUUGUUUGAUUUUGCUGCAGAUGCGGUCGCGGCGUCCUUCGAUGGCUCUAUUGGUAGCUCUUGCUCUACCUCUCUGUCGUCAUUUUUUGGUCCAGUCCGUGAGUGCCGAAAUCUUCACUGGCACUGUCCGUUCGUCCACGGAGUGGCCUGUGGUGGUUGCGAAGUUUGUGUACGACUACAAUCCCGCUUGUUUUCCCCCGUCGUUCUGCCGCCCAGACCAAUACCCGGGGGAACUGGACUUAACAUACGAAGUGACCACCAUCGCUGAUGACGGAACAACAGCUGGAAGCUCCUCCGGGGGAGAUGCAGCAGCUUCGGCGUUUGGUUCCACGACAAAUGGGAAUGGGGCAAACAGCGAGGCAGCUUCAUCCGCCAACACUCUACAUUCCUCCCAGUCCACGCUAGCUCGGUAUGCGGGCCGGAACGCGAAACAGGAGGACACGCAAUUUUAUUUCGGGUUGCUGGAUGAUGAAAUCGCCCAGUUUCCGCGCCUGUUCCCGGCCGGUACGGUGUCCUUUCUCGGAAGCCCCACACAAUCCGCGUACGAGACCUGCGAUCAGGCUAUUCUUUGAAAAUUUACCAUGAUGCAUCUUUCCGUCCAUUUUUUGCGAGACCGAAUACAGAAUCUAGAUCUGCGUUCACAUGUUUUGCAUGACAAAAAUUGGAUCAUGCUGGGGAUCAUGGUCAAGUUUCAAAGAAUACAGCUGUUCAACAACGUCGCCGGCAAUUGGCUCCGACUGGAGCAAGGCGACGGCGAGAUGGUCAAAGUGACGGAUGACGGGGACAUGGGUGCAGCCGCCGUUCCGGCUGGUGCUGCCGGAAUGAAUAUGAAUAACAUACUGCUUCGGGGCGGGAGCCCAGCAAUCUCAAGCGCUUCAUCGAAACUUCCUUCCACCGGUUCUACUCCAACAGCGUCGCAAAACCCCUUCGCGGCUUGGUUUGGCGGUGGGCAAAGUGGUGGACCCACGUCCGCGGAGAUUGCGGGGAAGUGCACCGCCACGUGGUCCGUGGCGUUUGCAAAUCAGUACCUUCUCGGCUGCGUUCCGAACGACAAUUGCAAACCCUGGAGCACGAUGGAAGCCGCGAAGCGUGCGUGCAUCGCCCAGGGCCCGAACUGCGGCGGGAUCGUGGGGGCACCGACUGCCGAUACUGCAAGCGGGGGGAGCAACAGUAAUAUUGACGCCGGGCAGCAGGCAGCCGCUCCCGCGAAUACUAACUUGCAGUGUCGCGCGUUCAGCCACGCUGUAAACCACUGGGAGAUCCGGGAGGGGAGGGAGGUGCUUUACGCAAAGGACCAGAACGAUUUGGCCGCCCGGGAAUCGAAGGAAAUCGCGUACAAGAAGACCAGCACAAACAGCAACACCGCGAUCACCUUCGCGCCCGGGGAGCCCUGCGCGUGGCUGGCCAACUGCGUCGCGGGCGACGAGUGCAAGAAGUACUACCAGCGAAGUGACGCCGAGCGAGCCUGCAUCGCCGCGGGGGAGACCUGCGGCGGGAUCGUGUCCCGCCCCUGCGGCGGGGACAGCCGAAUCGCGUGCGACGAAGAGUCGGCCGGGCGGCUGGGCUCCUCCUCGCCGAUCCAUCCGGAAAACAUCCACCACUGGGAGAUUCGAAGGGGCGCCAGCCCGAUGGGCCACACGCAGGAGGUGAGCUACCUGAAGCACAUGUCCCUGGACUGCGACGUGGUGCCAGCAACCGGAAUAUCCUGUGCAAAAGUAUCGUACUCGUACUAAUUGCAGAUAUGCAUCACAAAUCCAACUUUCUACCUGAAAUAGCAUGACAAAUUGAAUUUUUUUCUUGGAAAAAUUUGUAAUGCAUUUUAAUGAUACGAAUACUAUACGGUACUUUUGCAAUGCAUACGGAAGCUCAGAAACCGUGGACGGCGACGGGGACGCCGCGGUGGCGACACUUCAGCUAGGCGACGCCAGUACAACGAAUAAUUCUAAAACCCCCUUCGUCUACCUGAAGGGGCGGCAUCGGCAAUCCAUCCUGCAGAAGUGCAGGCGUCGCGUUUGGCACUUCUUGUUUCUCGCCUGCAGCGACCGACCAGCCGCGGGAGGUGAUACAACUUUUUCGACGAUCACCGGGCAGCCGCUGUACGAAUUCAAGUACACGAUACGGGCUCGAAAUACGCUCAAUGGCUGGGAAACCGAACUGGGCGCCGACGAAAACCAGCUGUUUCCUAUUUUGCUCUUUCAAAUUUUCUUCCUCGGCACGUUAUCUUGGCAAUUACGACCCAAGAUGUUCUCGAUCUCGACGGCAUCAUCAAAUGUUGGAGGUUCUACAUCGCCUUUCGAAAGAGACCUCAACUACGCGUUUGCCGGGGAGUUUUUCGGCCCGCGCGCGAUCCGGGGGAAAUUCUCCCUCACCGGAUUGGUCCAGCACGGGACGUUCAUUCUUUUCGCCGCAGCGGUCGUGCGUGCGGUGGAUUACCCUCUGAAAGCGUUUUCCGGGCAGCAUUUCGCUUUUUUCGGCUUUGUUGACUUCACAACCAUCGCAAGUCUGGUCGAGGCGGCGGGGAAAGCCUGUCUAAACCUGAUCUUCCUCUUCUGCGCCAGCCAGUCCCCCAGCCAAAUCAGAAGGUCCGCGGCACGGUUCGUUUCCCAAAUGCGGAAAUCGAGCAAUUUAGUGGACGGUAGUACGUCUGCGUAUGCAGGAGGAAUAUCCCUUAUUUCUACGUCCAACUCUGCCACCAGUUACUACAUCCGCAACCUGGCCGUGCUUUUUUUCAUUUGCAACGUCAUCUUAGACCAGUGGUCGCGCGCUCGGCACCUGAAAACACUGACCACCGUGUACCAGUACGACACGGCCCCGGGGGAGAUCGUGGUUUUGCUGGAUGUGGCGAUGUUGGUUCUCGUUUGUUUCCUUCUAUUCCGUUCCUUCUACGGUGACCCAAGGUAUCGGUCCAGAUUGUUCUUUCUGCGGUACGGCGGCCUGUUUCUGUUCUGGUUCGCAACUUUGCCCGCCGUGGCCAUCAUCGCACCUCACGUGGACCCGUGGGUGAGAAAGCGAACUGCUUUCAUCAUCAGCGCUUUGUCGCUUGAUUUUGGCGUAUACCUGGCAAACCAUUUGGUCUUCGGCUGCACGUUGAUCCUGCCAAAUGCACAGAAAAAUAAUAGUGUCUCGACGUCAAAGUCCACCACAGCGGGGUUGUACGAGUACGUAUACGCCAGUGAAACCUUCCAGGACGAGGACAACUCCGACGGGGAUUUUGUCAACUACGACGACUUUAACAUGGAACUCAUCGAACCGGGCGGAGGUGGGAACAAUACGACGAGAACCUCUUCUAGAGUAGCAGCAACGACAAGAAGUAAAAUGAACUCGUCCUCGCACAACUUCCACGACGGUCUCGAUUUCACGCCGGAAAAAAGACCGUCGUUGACAUCGACUUACGGCAGCAGUGGCUUGACAAAUUACAGCUCGUUAGGUGGUGGCGGUGUACUGGACGAUUAUGGCAAGGGCGGGGCCGAUGAUCUGUUUUUCGAGGAAGGGCACGCGCUCUUGUGACACCAGCGUGUCCUAGGGGUUCCUGUCUUCGUUAGCACCGCAGUACUUUUCGACAUCCAUGCAUUCAUUCUUAUUCGAAGUGCAGCCAUAGCAUCAAAAGCGGAUAGAGACAUAUGAGAGAAAAAGCACUUCAUAUAGCUUGCUGAGUCUCCGCAGCUAGGCGGUCUUUCGUAUACAUGGAAGAGCCGCGAGCCGAGAACUUAUGUUCUGACAAGCGUCGACUGUGCAAAGCCAGAGCUAAAGACCAAUCAGCAUAAGUACUUAGCUGGAAGUUCGUGGACGAAGAUCGAUGGAAAUUUUUAAGUCGUGUCCCAUAU